AUGAAAUAAGAUUAAGUAAUUGAUGUAAAUUACUAGAAAAACAAGAAUUAUAAACCAAAAUGUACAGUUAAUGACCAUCUAUCUGGCAAGCUAGGUAGCCAUCGUUUCAGUAAGGUCUUUAAAAGCAUUAUGUAUUCAACACACAAACCGUAUUACGCACCUGAAGUCACUUCCUGGUUGCCAGGAACAACCUGUAAUGUUUGCACAGAACGAAGAGGAGAUUGAAUCACGGAGUGGUCCAAAACAUCCCAUCCCAUACUGGACCUCAAAGGUGUGACACCAGGAUUCAUAUCCUCUUGAAGAGUGAGACAGUGAUCUGCUGCAGACUCUGCUUCUGAGGGAUGUGGACACAUAAAACAGACAAUUCACAUGGAUGAUGCUGAAUGUGGUGAUUUGUUGUGAGGAGAGAUCACCGUAAUUCAUUAAUAUUGCUCAGGAUGUCUGACCUGUAAGUCUGAUCUGGAGGACUUUGGUACUAAACUGAUGGUUAAGAAACUAAUGGACUUUAAUAAUGGCUAAAAAUAGAUUGGAGAAAUCUAAGGAUUGAUUUCUGGGAAGAAAAUAAACUGCAACAAUUGUCCUGUAAAAGAUUCUUACUCUGGUGCAGUACGAGAGGAGAGAGUCAUUAUAAUUUUAUAUAUAUGUAUAUAUAUAUUUAUAUUUUUUUUUAACCAGAAACAGGAAAAAACAUUCUUCCAUAUUUGAGUUGUACAAAGAUUAGUUGUGCACACAAGAUGUUUAUUUGUCCGACUACCAAAUAUAAAGAAGCAACAAAAGCACAGCUGGAUGGUGAGGUAUGGAUUUCCACAGCAGGAUUUCCCAAAUACAAAGUUUUUAAAGCGCACACUGAAAGAACAAAAAGCUAAGUAUGUUCUGUUUGUCACAGAAAGUACAAGAACUGAGCGGAUCAGCUUGCAUGUACAAAUCCUGGAAUGAUUUCUGACAAGCUUCCAUAUAAAUUUAGCUUAAAAUUUUGCUAAAAGACUUCAAUGAUGAAAUUUGGCUAUUCAGAUUGACCAGCAGGGCUUCCAUGUGUGUCUUUGUUACCAAAUUGUUAUGAAAUCCAUGCAGUUUUCUCACACUUUUCUUUUUUUUUCUUUUUUUUUUUUACAGCUGUACAGAAUGCAAAUUAUUACCUCUAAAGGAGGAAUAUGGUUAAAAACUUGCAAAAUGCUAAGACAAUGGUCACGAAACGUUACCGUAAUUAAAUUGAGAGCUGAAACAAAAUGGCACACAAAUAGAAAAAGAUAGCUUGAUUUGAUUUGACUUGGGGAAAAAAUUUUUUUAUGAGCUUUAACUCCAGACACAUCAAUAAGUCAAUGGUCAAAUCUUGCGAGCUACUUGCGCCAUAAAGUUCAAUAGCGCCAUGCGUCAGUCGCAUAUAAAAAACACAGGAAAACUGGCAGAGCGGCAGUUUUUCUCCUUUUUGUGGAUGCGUAAAGCAGGAACACAAAUCUGGCUGUUAGUGCUUCAACCUGCAGCUGAAGCUUCAGAGACUCCCGUCCUGUAGGACCCAUCCGUGGCACCGGGCUGAACGUGAGUCGCUUUAAGACCAUCGGUACCGUCACAUCCCCUCGGACUCUGGAUCAGCUUCUUAUUGGUGACAGCGCGCCGCUAGGGGACUCAUUUUACUCACGGACACUAGCAGGCGCACAACGCGACCGUGGAAAUACUUGAUCCUCCUGUUGCGCCAUGGAGAACUCCAGCGCGCAGGCAGCUGCCAUCACGGGCUUUAUCUUGCACACUUUGAAGCAAACCGUGGAUUCACAGCGCGUUUCGGAGGGAUAUUUUUUCCUGGAAGGCGGUGCACUCAGGACUGACGAUGGGGUUGGAUUUAUGACCGCUCCCCAGACCGAACCUCCUCACCUGGUGCCUGCUUUCUGGGACUCCCCGCUCAGCCACGGCAUCAAUGUGUUCGUCGGAUUGGUCCUCUGCUUCACCAUGCUGGGCCUGGGCUGCACCGUGGAGGUGAGCCAGCUCGGGGAACAUAUCCGCAGACCCAUCGGGGUACUGCUGGCACUGGUGUGUCAGUUUGUCAUCAUGCCCCUGGUGGCUUUUCUUCUGGCUUUAGCCUUCUCUCUGGAUGAUGUGGCAGCGAUGGCGGUCCUCCUGUGUGGCUGCUGUCCUGGUGGGAACUUGUCAAACAUCAUGUCUCUGCUGGUCCACGGAGAGAUGAACCUCAGCAUCAUCAUGACCAUAUCCUCCACCCUACUGGCGCUGGUCCUGAUGCCCCUCUGUCUCUGGAUCUACAGUCGGGCCUGGAUCAACACGCCCGUGGUCAACCUGCUGCCCUUCGGGGCCAUCAUCCUGACCCUGUGCAGCACCCUCAUUCCCAUUGGUUUGGGUGUUAUGCUGAGAUACCGCCACACACGUGUGGCCGACAUUGUUUUAAAGGCUUCCCUUUGGUCUCUGCUGGUCACCCUGGUGAUGCUGUUCGUCCUGACAGGCGUGAUGCUGGGACCGGAGCUGCUCUCCACCAUCCCUCCCUCCGUGUAUGUGGUGGCCGUCCUGAUGCCUCUGUGCGGGUACGCCGCGGGCUACGGCCUGGCCGUGCUGUUCGACCUGCCCCCCAACAGCCGCAGGUCUGUCUCCCUGGAGACGGGGUGUCAGAACGUGCAGCUGUGCACCGCCAUCCUGAAGCUGGCCUUCCCUCCUCAGCUGAUGGGCGGGAUGUACAUGUUCCCUCUGCUGUACGCGCUCUUCCAGGCAGCCGAGGCCGGCAUCUUCAUCCUGGCCUACAAGCUGUACAGGAAGGAGGUUCUGCUUAAAUCGGACCCCACGAUGGACGGCAGCGAAUCAGACAUAACGUAUCAAAGGUUCCGUGACGAGGACUUUGAGCCGUCUUACGGUGCUGUGACAGUGAGCGACCCGAACACAAUCAUGCUAGAGCCCUGCCCCCCUGAUCCCACUCCUGUUUAAUAUUUUAGGAAUUAAUAUUUCUUUGCUGCUGAUCUUCGGAGAUGAGACCAGAACAUUUUGAUUGCUGUCGUUCAUUAAAAGAAAAAAAACACAAACAGGGAGAUGAAUGUGAAAGAUUGAUGUGGGGUGCUUUAUGUCAUGAGCUAAAUUCAUUCAAAUUAAUCACUGUUGCCUUUUAAAAUGAAAUAACACUGCUGUUCCUUGUGGAGUAAAAAAAAACAUUUACAAAGAUUUAUGACCAUGUGUAAGUGAUGAUUUAAACAUAUCAAAACGUGCAACCAAGCCUGUGCCAAGCUGUAUCUGUACAUUACUGUAUAGAGCAAUUAAAGAUCUAUAUGUAGUCUA